AUGGCUAUGUCUAGCGUCACUCCCGGUGCUCUUGCCUUUGUGGGACCGCCCCACCUACCAUCCCUGGAAGGCUUUUCCUACCUCUCUAUUGUUCGGGUCCAAGGCAAUUCAGCUAUCGUGAGGAAGACCGGGCCGGACACGAGUGACGACGGACCAGAAUUCGACGUCAAACUGGCCGUGCUGCGCCAUCGCAUCGUCGAAUCCGUGGAGGCAGAAUUGUGGCCAGGAUCCUACGUAGGCCACCCCAUCGCGUUUGUCCAGUCGGCCGGAGAUAGCAGCGACCAAUGGGCCUACGGACUCGUUACAGGAUAUUCGAUGCAAGACCAUACUGCGCAGCUCCACGUCCGCCAUGAGGCACAAACAUUAUGCGUGCAGCUUCAUAGUACGUCGACGGUAAUUGCAGUCGACCGCCUCAAUUACGCUCAUCAAACGGGGGUUCGGUGA